UAUUUGCAUGUAACUUGUCUUACCUGACACUGGCAUAGUUCACUAUAGCUCCCAUACAUGUGGGUACGGAUCCUGGCUUCCACUUAUCCGUGCAGGACAGUAUCUCUACCUUCUAACACUAUUGUUUCAUCGGUCAGCGAGUAGGAAUCAGUGACGUGCUUACGUCAUUAUGAUCGACACGAGGUCGGAAUUAGCAUAGCUUCACUCUUUAACGACUACCUGUCAUCACAAGGCGAGUGGAACUCAACACCCAGCAAAGCCAACUGGCUGACCUGGCUCACGUGACUGUCACUGCUCAUUCAUAUCACUUCUGUGCAGCCUCCCUCAUAACUCCGCUGAUUGAAGCCGGCGAAAGGCUGGCGGUUGGACCGCGGUUGUGGCAAUAUACAAUUUCAGCAUGACAGUAGGAGAGACGCUGGAGACAAUGCCAGAAUGAAUACAUUCUUAGAUUACUCAGUGAUGAGCGGCGGCGACGGGGGUGGCGGGGGUUCGUGCUCUGUCAGUGCAUUCCACGCAGAUCACGGAACUUUCCAGUCGUGUUCCGUCACGGUAAAUAAUUGCAACGGCAGCGAGCGGUUUUUGACUAGCAGAGCGUCACCGGACUCUGUUUCAAAUCAUUCACAUAAAGCCGGCUCUUACCAAUCCUCCGGUCCACUGUCAAUUGCCUAUGGUGCCCAUUCAACUUACGGGGCUCAAACUUUUUGCACCAGUUAUAAUCACUACACCGUCAACCAGGAUCCUGACUCCACUGCAGGUUUAAGUCAGUGCGGUCAGCUAGUUUACUCUGGAAAUACUGUCGAGCCCCAUCAUCGCCAUCACCAUUUUCGACAGGGUUACACCGGCAGCAAUGUUCGCUUACCUGGGCAACUUCAGUUUGCAGCUGCUACAUAUGGUCACGGUCAGGAUCAGGCAAAUUUGACGUUGCUGACAGGUUGCUCAAAUCCUCUCUCUUCUCUGCAUGCGUCACAUCACAACGCGUGCUGUUCAUCUCUAUCAGAUGUUGUGUCAACGGCGCAGACGUUUGACUGGAUGAAAGUUAAGCGGAACCCACCAAAAACAGGAAAAAUAGGAGAGUAUGGCUAUGGCGGGCAGCCCAACACUGUUCGAACCAAUUUUACCACCAAACAGCUGACAGAGCUAGAGAAGGAGUUUCACUUCAACAAGUAUUUGACGCGCGCCAGGCGUGUAGAGAUAGCUGCUGCCCUCCAGCUGAAUGAGACUCAGGUGAAGAUUUGGUUUCAGAAUCGUCGCAUGAAACAGAAGAAGCGCGAAAAAGAGGGUCUACUGCCCAAAACUGAGUCGGCACCAGGGGACGGCCCAGAAAAGGCUGAAGUUUCAUCCGAGCUUUCUUUCUCUGCACCGUCAACGCCAUCUCCCGGCUCCUCUGCGACUGAUCCUUACUCCUCGGGCUAAUGGCCUGUUACCGAGUUAUGCUAAUUGGAUAAGAAGUACCGCACUAUAGAUCCAUAGUUGUGGUGGACCUAUGUAACUGGGCCUGCCCAUUAGGCACAUCACUAAAAAUAAUGCACUAUUUAUGGGACUUGACAAUUCAGUGUGUUAGGUUAUUGUAAGACAGUAGGCAGUCAAGUUAAAGAAUUAAUUUAAGUAAGUGGCUAUGCAUUUUCGGACACAAUAAUUACAAUUGCUACGUUAAUGCAAAUGUCUUUGCUGGGUCUAGACUACAGCACGCCUACCUCGUGUAGCCUAGAAAAGGACGAACGAUAUGAAAGUGUAACUGCUAGUCUAAACACAAAGAAAAUGGUGCUGUCGGGGAACCUUGUCUGGCUGAAAACAAACCUGCAUUAUGCUACCUCGUCUUAUCAGCCUCUGUUACCCGGGCUGUUUCUGGUGUCAUAGUUUUGCUUUUUAGUAUGAAUCCUGCAUGACACUCAUGUAGCCAGGGACGCGGAAGAGCCUUUUUUCAUUGGGGAUACUGGUAUUUUAUGCACCAUACAGGUGGCGUGCGAUAUGACGCCACACGGGGUUAAAUGAUCGAAUCAGAAUGUGUUGAUUAAUUUUCUAUAACAGCACAACUCUGACAAUAGUUACAACUAAGUAUAUGAUAUACGUUUAUAACAAUACGCGGGUUGUAAGGCGUUAUCAUUCAUAUAGUAACAACUCAUUUACAUAAGCCAAUAAUAAACGGACAAACGUGUUGUUUAACAAAGAAAAGUGUAUAAUCGUUGAUAUGGUGAAGUCGUCUGUAAGGAGACAUUUAUUUAACGUUUAUGGAAGGUGUCUCAGCACCUUUAACUGUCAACAGUUUCCGGAUAGGGAGGAUCCACUAUCUACCUUUUCUUUCACUUGAAGGUAAUGAGACAAAAACGCAGCUUCUCGUGUUAAUGAGAUGUCAGAAAGCGCGAACUCCUGUGUCCUGACGUCUCGCGGACGUUUCAUUAAAUAAAUUAAUUAAAUAAAUGUUGUCCAUUAAUAAAUUAAAAAUGGUAAUUUUGGCAAAUCACGUGGUAUAAAGGAAUAUUAUCUGAUAUACAAACUAAAAAACUACUCAAAAUACUCAGCUUUAAAAUUUGUGUAUUUCUUUAUUUGUUUAUCUAAUUUAUUAUUAUUAUUAUUAUUAUUAUUAUUAUUAUUAUUAGCAGUUGCAGCUGCAGCUGCAGAUAAAGGAAUCCUGAACCCUCAGCAGCCCUGUUUCCCGUAUCCUUGCAGCUUACUUAACCAGUCGAGCUGAGUUUUAUCAGUCGAGGAUUGUGGCUUUAUGUUAUAUUUACUGAUGAACUGUAAUCAUAUUCAGGAAUAUGAGUCAAUAUAUACACGAAAUAAACUUCUUUUAUUUUAUUGUAUUAUGGCAUCUUUGUACCAUUCUCUUUACCAGUAUGUCCUAACGGCGUUAUUAAACAGAAUCUAGUCUAGAUAAAAUUAAGCAACAUUUAAAUACAUCAGCGAAUCUCACAUUUUAAUAUCGUUCCCAUAUUCCCACGUUCCCAGUUUCUCAGAGUAAUCUGAUAAUAGACUACGUUUUCAUGGCAUCUUUAAUGGUUUCUUUAAUGCAUCGAUUAGCUUGUCAAUACUGUCACCACCAGGAGGAACGUGCUCCCCAGCUCUAGUGGAUCUCGUCCCAGCUGAGGAAUAUUGGCAUACUGUGACUUCUUCAUUCGAGAGAGAGAGAGAGAGAGAGAGAGAGAGGCGAAAGGCAUCUGCGCUCGGCAUUUUAUAGCGCAUUUCCUCGCACGCUUCUGUGGUACAUAAAAUGGCUUUACAUAAGGCAUUAAUAAUUACGCAAGAAUAAAAAUUCAAAACUGGUAAGAUUAUGAGAUGCCUCUGUUUUGUGCACUUCUACUGGCAAAAAUAUGUUUAAAAAUGAAAUCGGUCAUAUAACCAUCGUUCUGUUUAUCGAGUGUUCUAACUAUCGUGUUGUAAACACUGUUGGUUCGUAAAUAAUAAGCUUAAUAUUGUACGUGAUUGGAUAUAUUCAAUUAGGUCUCAAAUACUCAUAUGGUUAUGGAAAAGGCAUUUUAGCAUAUUUCACGAAUCUGCCACGAAUUACAUUUCCUCUUAAAUUUGGCUAGAUUGUUGGUACAUCAGUAAAACUCACACACUUGGCUUAUUUUAUUUAGCUCACUGGGUUUGCACACGACAGUGCACUCCCAGUGCCUCUCCCAAGCACGGAUAAAAUUGGGGAGGGUUGCGUCAAGGAGGGCAUCGGGCAUAAAAACUGCGGACCAAUGAUCCACUGUGGCGAUCAGAAGAAGAACAACAACAUACUCUAUUGACAGAUAAUUUGGCUUCUUUCUAGAAAUAAAUGCAUAAAAUUAUGCUAAAUUUUCUGCAAAUAGAACAAGACUAUUUUCUGCAAAUAUAACAAGCCUGAAAUUAGUAAAUAAAAAAAAGAAAAGAAAAAAAAGAAAGAUUUGAUAAUAUUAUAUUUGGUUUCUUGUAAUCUUAUAAUAGGAAAUGUCAGUUCAGUGACUUUGACUGUGGCAUGGUUGUUGGUUGAAGUUACUCAGAAACUGCUGAUCUUCUUGGAUUUUCCCUAUUAAUAGUCUCUAUAUUGUAUAUAAAGAAUGUGCAAAAAAAAACAACCCCAACCUCCAAUUCUUCAGGCAGAAAUGCCUUAAUGAAAAGAAGUCAGAAGAGAAUGGCCAGACUAGUUUGAAAUGUUAAAAUGCACGUGGCACUGCCAUGUUUCUCUCUCAUACACUGAAAGACACAGCAAGUUUGUUUUAAUGGCAGUGUGACAACAAUAUGCCAAGAAGAGCAAUAAUGCACCUGCUAAUGCUCCCAAAAUAGCCAAGUGUACCUGGGCAAGACUAGCAUGAUUAGCUUGGCAGUGGAAAUGUUGGCAAAGAGGAUUAUGGGAUUAUUGCCUUGGGUGGAAGAGUGCUAAGCCUAUAAGAUUAAAUGAUGAAAACAUGUACUGUAAAUGUAGCUAAGGGGAGUUAAUCCAUAUGUUCAGUUUAUGGUUUCACAUCGCAUCCCCAGUUCACUGAAAAGAGCUUCGGUCCUGUAUUGCUCCAGUAGAAAACUUUGACAGAGCUAAUGUGGGGUGUGAGAUCACAUGCUGGUCCACAUAUUGUCAUGCCCAUUGUCUCAGCACCCCCUCCAUAACCAUCGCUUCAACAUCCAUAGAGAGCCCUGAACCUCAAGUCCAUGUAGAAAUUCCCCCAGAAAUCAUGAGCUCCAAGAUGCAUUCAGCAAUGCCAAGGCCAGUGGGCUUCCACCACAUCAUCCCCAUCAAGCUCCUUGUAGGAACCACACCCCCUUGCAACCGGAUCUACCCCCUUUCUGCCAAAGAAACCCAAGCCAUGGAAGAGAACAUUAAGGGGGCUCUCUAACAAGGGGUACAUACACCCAUCCAUGUCACUGGUCUCUGUGAGCGAGGUAGCCUAAGCCCAUGCAUAGAUUGCAGAGGUUUGAAGCAAGUCAUAGUCAAGUAUUGUUAUCCUCUACCACUGGUACCAGCAGCCCUUGAACAACUGCGUGAAGCCAAAAUGUUCACCAAGCUUGACCUGCGUAGCACUUACAACCUGGUCCGAAUACACGGAGGGGACAAGUGGAAAACAAUCUUCAGCACCACCUCCGGCCACUUAGAGUAUUGUGUAAUGCAGUAUUGGCUAUCUUCAGUGCCAGCUGUGUUCCAAUGCCUCGUCAAUGACGUGCUGUGGACAUGUUAUGAAAAUUCGUCAUUGCCUAUAUCGAUGAAAUCUUGAUAUAUUCCCCUUAUCAAGCCACCCACAUCCAGCAUGUCAAGCAAGUACUGUCCCAGCUCCUCACGAAUCAGCUAUAUGUCAAAGGAGAGAAAUGCGAGUUCAAUGUGCAUAAGGUCUCUCCACCCGUUCAUUAUCUGUACUCAGCACAAGAACCUUAAGUAUAUCAAAACAGCCAAGAGACUGAACUCUCCCCAGGCAAUCUGGUGCUAUUCUUUGCACAUUUCAAUUUCACCUGGGUGCAGUUCUUUGCACAUUUCAGUGUCAGGGCUGACUCAUUGUCAUGUCAUUGUCAUGACUCAUUGCCCGCGCCACCUCACAAAACCACAGAAAAAUGUAUCCUCCCCUGAUCACAUUUCAUAGGAGCUCUAACCUGGGACCUUGACCGAGAAAUUGAGAAUGUGAUGGAGGGAAGAAUGCCUAGACAAUUCCCAGACGGGAAAAACUUUCUGCCAUUGGCCCUUCAGGGAAACUAAUCACCUUGGCUCACACCUUCCCUGCCACAGGUCACCCCAGCACUCACGGAACACUACAGUUACUCCAAGGCAAAUAGCGGUGGCCUACCAUGCUACUUGACAUCUACAAGUUCAUCUCAUCAUGUUCCAUUUGUGCUCAGGCCAAACUACCUUGCACCCUGCCAGCAGGCAAACUUAUGCCAUUAACCACAAUUCAAUUACCUUGGUCACACCUGGAAAUUGACUUUAUCACUGACUUGCCACAAAGAUUCUGGUAAUCACUGACCGCUUUUCCAAGUCCAUCCAACAUACUUCUUCCCGGCUUGCCCUCAGCUUUUGAAAUGGCAGAGUUAAUGUUCAAUCAUGUCUUCAGGUACUUUUGCAUCUCGAGGACAUCAUCAGUGACUGGGGGUGAGGCUUCAUGGAGAAACUGGGGGUUUUGGGAAGCCUGAUCAUGGGGUAUCACCCCCAAGACAAUGGUCAACUCAAACAGGCCAAUCAGAAGGCCAAUCAGCUGCUUCCUGGAACCAUCUGUGACAACAACCAAGAGGACUGGGCACAAUUUAUCCCCUGGCCAAAUAUGUGCAUAAUUCCCUGAGACACUCAGUGAUGAAAAUAGCACCAUUCCAGUGUGUCCUAGGAUAUCAGCCGCCCCAUUCCCCUGGAACGCGAACCUCACUGACUCCUCAGCGGUGGACAGCUGGUUCCACUGUAGUGAGCAAGUGCGGGAACAGGCCCACCCACAAGUAGAACAAACUUCUAAGAAAUUCACAGACAGACAUUGAGGGUAGACACCCGUCUAUGAGCCAUUUGAGUGGGGGUGACUUUCUACCAGGGAUCUGCACCUCACAGAGAGCUGCAGGAAGCCGACUCACCACUACAUCAGCCCCUUUAAGAUCUUGCAAUGUAUCAACCUUGUCACCUACAAGCUGAAAUGGCCAUGCCAUAGCUGCAUAGCCACCUCCUUCCACAUCUCUUGCCUCAAGCCAGUCAAGCUAGGACCCCUCACAGAAGGCAUUCCCCCCACCCCCCACAACAUGCCUUGACAUUGAAGGAGAACCAGCAUACAUCAUGAAAGAAAUCUUGGACUCAUGACACAGAGAGGGUAAGCUUCAGUAUCUCAUAGACUGGGAGGGCUACGGACCCGCCACCUGAAUCGUCCAGCUCCAUGGCCCAGGAAGAGGCCAAGGAAGAUGCUUGCUCCCAGAGGUAGUGCUUCAGGGGGGAGGCUCUGUCAUGGAUAUGCCGAUGAAUCAGCUUCGGUGGAAUCAGCGUCGAAUCACAACUCCCAGAAUACAGCUCAACCUACAAACAUGGUCGUGUAUCACUAAUAUAUCACCAGUCAUUAUCAAGCCUUUUGAUUGUGUAUUACUUCCUGGUUUUUGACAUUGUUUCUGGCUUCCUCAAAUUGCUCUUUCCUUACCCAGUUUAUUUUGUUUGCUGAUCACCUGACCUUUGCCUGCAUCUUGACCCUGAUCUUGAAUCUCGUUCUUGUUUUGAUUGUUUGGAUAAAUAAAAGCCUCUUGACCUGCACUUGCGUCCUCGCUGCAUGCCUGACAAUAACUAGCAUUGGUCUUGUCCUUCAGUGUGAAAUUUGUGGAUAAGUGCCAAGAUACACUUAGGACAAGGCUUUAUUUAAGUAAACAAUAUUAAUUACAUUUAACUGCUUAAUUGAAGUAAUUCAGUUUAAUUGCUUAAUUUGAGUUUGUCAUAAUUUUAUGUGGCUCUGAAAAUCUUCAAAUUAUAGUUGGCUGUGUCUAU